AUGGCACUGGCUCUACAGGGCUCGAUCGAUUUACCUGCCACGCUCGUCUUCUCGGGCCUGACGAAUAUCUUGACUGGUGCAUGGUAUGGCUUACCACUUCCUGUCCAGCCAAUGAAAGCUAUCGCAGCAAUUGCCAUAAGUCAGAAUUUCAGUCAGCAGGAGACUAUGGCAGCUGGUCUGACGAUGGGAGGUGUGGUGUUCAUCUUGAGCGCAACAGGCAUGCUCAGCUGGCUCAAUAAGAUUGUCCCUGUUCCUGUUGUCAAGGGUAUACAGGUCGGCGCCGGCCUGGCUUUGGUAAUAAGUGCAGGAGGUGGUAUGAUCAAGCCUUUGCAUUGGAUCAGUCCAGUGUGGGAUAAUCGCGUUACCGCUUUGGUAGCUUUCGCGUUCUUGAUCACGGCAGCUACACUGCCGAAGGUACCUUAUGCCUUGAUCGUCUUCACAAUCGGCACCGUGAUCUCAGCCAUCGUCUUGGCACACGCCACAUACGAGAGGCGUCCUGCUGGCUUCUGGCACCCGUCUGUCUCAGCUCCCGAUGGAGAUGCUUGGAGGGCCGGGGCGAUCGACGCAGCUAUUCCACAGUUGCCGUUGACAACACUCAACAGCAUACUCGCAGUCGUGUCUUUGGCCGGCUCACUAUUUCCUACGUUUCCAGCGACGCCAAGCACUACUUCCGUCGGCUUCUCUGUGGCCAUGGCGAACUUGAUCGGCUGUUGGUUCGGUGCCAUGCCAGUAUGUCAUGGUUCAGGUGGACUGGCAGGCCAGUAUCGAUUCGGUGCUCGCAGUGGAGCAUCGAUCAUAAUCUUGGGUACCGUCAAGAUUUUACUGGGACUACUGGUAGGCGACGCCAUCAUUCCGCUAUUACAGCGCUUCCCAAAGAGUCUGCUCGGAGUGAUGGUGCUGGCAGCUGGAGUUGAGCUUGCAAAGGUUGGGCAGAGCGUGAGUGAGAGCACGGAUCUCUGGGAGCGAGCAGAAGCAGAUCACAACAAUGGCCGCCCAGCUAGUGAGACCAAGAACCAAGCGGAGAAAGAAAGCCAGCAAAGAUGGAUGACCAUGCUGAUUACCGUGGCUGGUUGCCUGGCCUUCAAGAACGACUUUGUGGGCUUUGCUGCGGGUAUGGUCUGGCAUUGGAGGUUGAGGGUGCCUGAAGUUGUGGCGCGGGCAAGACUUGGCAGCGUUAGACUUGAGCAAGACCAGGAGAGCUCCAAUCUGCUUGACAGAGGUUCUGAGUAA